AUGAAACAAUAUUUCACAAGAAAUGGUGGCAAUAGAGAGAGUCGAUCGCUGUCUUUCAUUCUUUCUUUUUCUUCAAUCAUCUAUGUUUUUAUUGUGUAUCCUCCGUCUUUACGUAUUCUUUCUUUCUUUCUUUCUUUCUUUCUUUCUUUCUUUCUUUCUUUCUUUCUUCUAUGUUUCUAUUGCAUAUCUUGUCUUAACAUGCACUUUAUUUUUUCUUUCUUUCCUUCAUUCUUUUUCUUCAUUCAUCUAUGCUUCUAUUGUGUAUCCCCCGUCUUUAUGUAUUCUUUCUUUCUUUAUUACUUUCAUUCAUUCAUUCAUUCAUUCAUUCAUUUUUUUCUUUUUCUUUCUUUUUCUCCACUCAUUCAUGUCUCUGUACUCUAUCGUCUAUCUGUACAUACUCUCUUUUUUCUUUCAUUCAUUCAUUCAUCUUUCUUUCUUUCUUUCUUUUUUCUUUCUUUCUUUAUUUAUUUCUUUAUUUCUUUAUAUUUUUUCUUUCUUUCUUUUUUCUUUCUUUCUUUAUUUCUUUAUUUCUUUAUAUUUUUUUUUAUUUCUUUUUUCUUUCUUUCUUUCUUUCUUUCUUUUUUUUCUUUCUUUCUUUGUUUCUUUCUUUCUUUGUUUCUUUCUUUCUUUCGUCUGUUUCUCUUGUGCAUCCUGUCUUUACGCCUUUUAUUUUUUCAUUCCUUCUUUCUUUCUUUUUCUUCAUUCAUCUAUGCUUCUAUUCCGUAUUCUCCAUUUUUACGUUCUCCAUCUUUCAUUUUUCUUUCUUUAAUUAUUUCUUUCUUUCUUUCUUUCUUUCUUUCUUUCUUUUUCUUCAUUCAUCUAUGA